AUGGCUCACGAGGUGCCUAAACUGGACGCGGGUAGGUUUGGUGAGGAGGCCGCGUUGAGAAACGCGAACCCCGACGAGAUAGGGGCCGCGCUCGAACAGAACAUGGGUGGUGACUGGAAGAUGGCAGAGGGCGAUGAGCAGUGGUUCCACGGCCCUGAGAUGAAUCCAUGGCUCUUACGCAAAUACGUGACCUUCCUCGCGAACGAGACUGUUGCACAAGCGGACAGGAUGGCCACACUCAAGCGGCCAGAAAAGACAUUGAAGAAGAGACGCCAGUGCACCCUGGCAAUGCUGAUGGGGCGUCUCAAGGCUUUGAACCUGCUCAUCAAGCUGGACGGGGCCAUCUUUAGGAAGCCCGUUUUGAACCUGUUGCGCGACUUUGCAGAGUGUCGCAUCUUGGUCCGCGUUCAAGUACGCGACCAGUACAAGCGGUUUAUCGCAGCCACGCUGCUGUGGCUGCACUGGGUGUACGACCUGGUUCUCAUCCUCUACGAGGACAUAGCCCCCCCUCUCGACUUCACGGAACCCUCGACGUGGGCUAGGGGGGCGCAGCACGCGUCCGCAGACGGAAUGCCUUCGGAUCAGCUGGCAAGGCUGGGUGGUUGGCGCUUCAUCUACGUGAUGACUAAGCACUACUUCACAACCAUUCUGAGGGAGGCCGUUCAGCUGAAGGCAGGCUUCACCGGGGUUGACGGAGACUACUUCCUUGGUCGCGCAACUGUGCCGGUGAGCCCAGAGCUGGAGAAGCUACUGAGGAAGCACAUUUUUCCCUGGGCCACCAAGAACGAAGGACAGAAACAGGUAUGA